GUUGAGGAAAGAAAGGUGGGGGGCACUUCCUUCUUUGGGGGUAUCUUUGGAGCUGGUGGGAAACGAAGAGCAAGGGCGUUCCCAGCAUCACACGAGACUGUCUUUCUUGUUCACCCUGGAAGAGCUGCUGGUUGGGAGAGUGACUCACUGAUAGAGCCACUGCUGGAAUUGUAUUUGACAAUGGGUAAGCCACCACAGCUGGUGGGGAGGGAGACCACAGGUCAACCCCAAGCUCUUCCGGCUGCCAGCAAUCAGAUAAGACUGACAACUUGUGAGUUGAUGAUGACCUCACUUUUGUGGUCAUGACACUGUAGCCUUUGAAACUCUGAACUGUAGCAAUGUUCAUAGGAAUCUCUCAAGAGCGAAAUAGGAUUGGUUUUUCAGUCACCUUCUUCUUUUCGCAAAUGCAAGGAAGUCAGGGGUACAUGCCAAACUGAGAAGAUAUUUCUGAAAUUCAGGCAGAAUUCAGGUGUGUGUGUGAGAGACAGACACUCCAGCUGCCCUGCUGGAAGGCAGACAUUGGCCAGAAGUUAAAAACAGAGUCCUGUCUUUUAGGUGCUCCAAGGCUGCCUUCUGCUGCCAAGAGCUUCUUAUCCGGGGCUAUGCAGUGAAGUGGGACCUCAAGAAGACCCCAGGGAGGAACACAGGCCCUCAGACAGGAAGCUGAGUGUGGAGCAGAGGCCAUGGUCCCUUUGAGGGAGGAGGGCCAAGGGGAGGGCGUCUGCCCCAUCUGCCAGGAGCAGCUGAAGGAGCCCACAGGCACCGAAUGUGGACACUUCUUCUGUCACGGGUGCCUGGUCCAGCAUGCGGAGAAGGCCUCAGCCUCCAGGGUCCUCUGCUGCCCCCUCUGCAGAAAUCCCCUCUGUUCUGAGAGGAUUCUGAGGCCAGACUUGUUCUGUCCCAGCCACCAGAAGAGGGUAUGCAAGUUCUGCGAGAAGAGCAGAUGUCUUCUGUGUGCGCAGUGUUUGGAGUCCCCGGAGCACAAGGCCCAUUCAGAGCUCACCCUUGAAAAUGCCAUCAGCCACUACCAGGAGCGACUCAACCGCCGCAGCAGGAAGCUCAGAAAAUACAUCACAGAACUGGAGUGCCUCAAAGCUCAGGAGCAGAAACAGCAGACCAUGGAGUUUCAGGUAAACCCUGGGAUCCAACGACUGGAGGCUGAGCUAGAAAGCCAGUGCCAGGCCAAGGAACAACUGGAUGCCUUCACUCAGCAGGAGCUGGGUCAGCUGCAGGAUACACCGGCUGAGGUGGCCAGAGUCCCCAUCCUCCCACAAGCAAUACUGCAUCUUAACAGCCUGGUCACCAGUGUGGAAAGGACAUCCCAGGAGUUACAGGCCAGCACAUUGAAGGAUGCCAGUGACUUGUUGAGCAGGUAUGAGCUGUCCCCUCUUCCUUCCCACACAAAGCCACACAACCAGAUGUACUUGGGUUCCAUCAAAGUCAAGGGGUUCCACUGCUCCAUUAGCCUUCCUGCCUUCAUGCUACAUGGCCAGGGGAAGAUUCAACAGAACAUGGGAUUACACAUAAAUUAA